GCGCAAGGAACUGCCCAGCACCGGCUCUCUCGAUCGGGAGAAGCCGUGCAGGUCGGUAGCGAGGCCGGCGAGCUCGCCCACUCAUCUCGGCCCACUCCGUCGUCCUGGGCGUUCGAAGAUGUCCGCCAAGCCCGAGGUCGGCUUCGUGAAAGAGGCUUCUCGCCAGAUCCUGGCCGGUGGUUCCGCUGGUCUUGUAGAAAUUUGCCUGAUGCACCCCCUCGAUGUGGUGAAAACCAGGUUCCAGAUUCAGAGAUGUGCAACUGAUCCAAACAGUUAUAAAAGCUUGGGAGACAGUUUUCGAACAAUUUUCCGAAUAGAAGGGCUGUUCGGUUUUUACAAAGGAAUUCUGCCACCCAUCUUGGCCGAAACACCAAAAAGAGCAGUGAAGUUUUUCACCUUCGAGCAGUACAAGAAAUUGCUAGGAUAUGUGUCACUGUCACCAGCAUUGACAUUUGCCAUUGCUGGAUUAGGAUCUGGACUAACAGAAGCUAUCGUGGUUAACCCUUUUGAGGUAGUAAAGGUUGGCUUGCAAGCGAAUCGGAACAAAUUUACAGAGCAACCAUCCACUAUGAGUUAUGCAAGACACAUCAUUAAGAAGGAAGGCUUGGGACUCCAGGGCCUCAACAAAGGAUUUACAGCAACUUUGGGACGUCAUGGGGUUUUCAACAUGGUUUAUUUUGGCUUCUACUACAAUGUCAAAAACAUUGUUCCUGUCAAUAAGGAUCCAACCUUGGAGUUUUUGAGAAAAUUUGGGAUUGGUCUUCUCUCGGGCACAAUAGCCUCAGUCAUUAACAUCCCUUUUGAUGUUGCCAAAAGUAGGAUUCAAGGGCCUCAGCCAGUUCCUGGAGAGAUCAAGUACAGAACCUGUUUUAAAACAAUGGCAACAGUCUACCAGGAAGAAGGGAUUUUAGCUUUGUACAAAGGCCUGCUUCCCAAGAUUAUGAGGCUUGGACCAGGUGGUGCAGUGAUGCUGCUGGUUUAUGAAUACACCUAUUCAUGGCUUCAAGAGAACUGACUGGGAACUCCAGAUGUCAAUAGGAGUUUUACAAGAUCAAAGGAAGACUAUGGCCCUGAGAGUUCAUCUCCUUCUGCUUAUUCUUCUCCUGAAGUUAUAAUCCUCUGUUUGUAGCACUGAAUUUCGGUUGCUUUAGAAAUAAAUGCAGUUCAAAGCCCUCUAAGAUAUCUGUAGUUGGAAAAAAAAGCAGUUCUUUGAAUGUAACUUGUGUGUCAGAAAUCUGCUUACUGUUUAUAUGCUAGUGAUCUGAAAACCUAGUUCCUCUAGCCAUCUGAGUUUUUUAAAUGAAGCCAUGAAACCGAUGUGACGGAACUGGGUUGCCAUGUGGACUGUGCACAGCACAGAGAGGAAGAAACCAAGAUCACCUAACCGAAUGCAUCUUUAACAUCCAUUAUCUAGUGAUGUGCCCUUUUAGUUAUUGCACAGAAUGCCAAAAAAAAAACCCCCAUAAUAUAUUAAUUUUCCAAUAGAUGAAUUGUACCAAUGUUUUUAAAACGUAGUUUCAAGCCUAUAUCCCAAGCAGGAAGAACUUUCUAAACAGAAAAGAAAAAAUGUAGAAUUAUACCCAAGAAAAGCAAUUGUUUUAAAACACGACACCUCACUCACACACACACACACUCUCUCUCAUACACACCCCACAGCUCUACUAUUAACAUUAAAGUGAAAACAGAAUUGGUCUAGAAAGACUUACUGGCUAAACUAGGUCCUUUAACUGCAGAAAUGAAUAAAGGGAAUUUUAAAAAAUUAAAUAGCAUUUGUAUUUCUAAUACCACCACCAGUUUACCUACAUGUGAAACAUGCUUCUGUACAACAAUGUAAACUUCACAGCAAGCCAUUUUUACAUUCACUAGAGCAGAAUUUUCCACUUUCUUUAAAUUACAACAUAAUUUUGGGCUGAGAUUGCUGAACACACAGGUAAGCCAACAAUAACAGUACAAUUUAGUUUCACAGUGGUUUUCUUAACAUAAAGUUCAUUUUAAGUGUCUUUGCAAAGCAUUUCACAUUAAACUUAAGUUUCUAAGUGA